AUUUUCAGUUAAUUUAUCAUAAAUUUGGAGGAAACGAAAUGGGAUUCCGGUGUAGUAGGAGAAAUACAUUCUGAUUCUGCCGCCCUACUGCACUGCCGACUGAUCGAUCGAGCUUUUGAUAUGUACUUUCUUCGCCCACAUCGUUUUCUGGCAAUCAAUCUCACUCGUUGCCGACAUUUCUCUUCUCCGAUUGCUUCGCCUCCGCCGCCGUCCAGUUCGACAAAAGUUCCCUUGCUCUACAAACACGACUCUCCCGAAGGAAAGCAUCCAACCAAUGCCGAAACCACGGCUACCCUUCAGGUGCUUUCGUGGGGCAGAGGUUCCUCCGGCCAGCUCGGCGGUGGUACUGAGGAAAUCCGUUUAUAUCCUUCCCCUGUGGCUAAUUUAAUUGUUCCUGAUCUCCAUACAAUCGCUUUAUCCCCGGGGCAGCUUCCGUCACGCUCCAGCGAGAAUGGAGAUUCUGGGGGUGAGGGUUCGUUCGAGGUCGGUAUUUCUUGUGGGUUGUUUCAUUCUUCUUUGCUUGUUAAUGGGAAUUGCUGGAUUUGGGGUAAGGGCGACGGCGGCCGUCUCGGUUUCGGCGAUGAACACCCUGUCUUUAUUCCCACUUUGAAUCCUCGCUUAGAGGGUGUUCGUGGCAUUGCUCUUGGGGGUCUGCAUUCAGUUGCGCUCAACUCGCUUGGGCAGGUUUUAACUUGGGGUUACGGUGGCUUUGGUGCGCUUGGACAUUCUGUUUAUCACAGUGAACUGUCCCCUAGAUUGGUAGAAGGCUCAUGGAGGAGUAGAAUAACACACAUUUCAACUAGCGGUGCCCAUACUGCAGCUAUCACGGAAUCAGGCGAACUAUAUACUUGGGGCCGAGAUGAAGGUGAUGGUAGAUUGGGUCUUGGUCCAGGUCGAGGCCCAAAUGAGGGAGGAGGACUGAGCAUUCCUUCUAGAGUGAGAGCAUUGUCUGCACCUGUGGCCGCUGUGUCUUGUGGUGGUUUCUUCACCAUGGCUCUGGGAGUGGAUGGGAAGCUUUGGAAUUGGGGAGCAAACACCAACUUUGAGCUUGGUAGAGGCAAUAAGAAUGGUGGUUGGGAACCAAAACCUAUUCCUAGUCUUGAAGACACACCCAUCAUUCAAAUAGCUUGUGGUGGAUACCACUCACUUGGAUUAACGGGUGAUGGGAAAGUACUUUCCUGGGGUUAUGGUGGACAUGGUCAGUUGGGGCAUUCUUCUAUACAAAAUGAAAGAGUACCGAGAGUCAUUGAUGCUCUAGCUGAUCAGCGAGUGAUGUAUAUUGCCUGUGGUGGUUCCUCUUCAGCAGCUAUAACAGCUGAGGGCAAAUUGUACAUGUGGGGAAAUUCUAAGGACUCUCAAUUGGGUGUUCCUGGGCUGCCAGAGGCACAACCAUGUCCUGUGGAGGUCAAAUUUCUAAUGGAAGAUGAUGGGUUGGGUCCCUACCAUGUUUUAUCAGUUGCAGUUGGUGCAUCUCAUGCAAUGUGCUUGGUCUUAAGGAAAAACAGGAUGUAAAAUUCGUGGUGGUCCCGAGAAAAAUCAAAUAGAAACAUUUGGCCGAUAUUCUUACAACUUACGAGCAGGGGACUUGGGAUUUGAACUGCAAGAACAGCUGCCGCUCAGCAUCUUUCAAAUUGAGCGGCCACUUUUGAUAAAACAAUCACCUCACCUGUGUUCCCAUUCGACUAGAUAAUCUGUUUACACUCACAGAACAUUCAAAAGCAUCAUAGAAUGACCAUCUUUAGUUUUAGUCUUUCAUUAUCUUUUGCUUUUUCAAGGAAAGAUAUAUAAAGUAGCCAUUUGUUACCUCACACACUUAGAAUGUUCCUUUGAUUUCUUCUCAUGAUAAUUGAGCUUUUCUCUUUAUAUCUUUGUUCAACACGAGAGUUAUCCUCAAUAAAAAGCAUAAAUCCUGAAGUACCGUCCCACCAA